UGUACGGAGCCUCAGUAUUUGCUGCGACUCCGUAAUAGUAGGACGCGUCCUCGCGGUGUUUGGCUGGUAACCGCGUCGUAACCAAAAACGCGUACGCGAGGUGCGAGAACGCCCCAGGUAACCGUUUUUGUAACUACCCGCGUGUACCCCGGGUGAAAAUUACCGACUCGUGUUACACAUUUCCUCUGUCUGAUCGGUGUGUACUGCCGUACACUGGACAUCAAUUAAGAGAGAGGAGAAAGAGGGAGUGAAAAGGGCUACACGCAGGGACUGCAGAGAAAGGAAAGACGGAAGGAUUAUAUAUUCGAACAACAUGGCCACUGCGAUCGACGACCGGCAGGAGUUGCUGGAGCAAUUUCAAGCGAUCGACGAGAAUGGGGACGGGUUCAUCAAUCUUACGGAGUUGCGAAGCGCCUUGGACAUCUGUGGCUUCAAGAUGCCCGGUUACAAGGUGCGUCAGAUGAUCGAGGAAUACGACGACAAGCAGAGGUCGGAACACAAGGGACGACUAUCCUUCGAAGAGUUCGAGAAACUCUGUAAAGAACUGAAGGCGAACGAAUUGGGAUCCACGUUUAAACAAGUGGUCUCGAAAAAGGAGAAUUUAGAAACAUUGGGAGGAAUUUCCGAGGCAUCCAGCGAAGGGACCACGCAUUCUGUUAGAUUGGAGGAACAGCUUGCCUUCAGCGACUGGAUCAACACAAAUUUGUCACACGAUCCUGACUUGAAACAUCUGCUGCUCAUCGAUCCGGAAGGCAAGACCUUAUACGACAAGGUUAAGGAUGGAAUUCUUCUCUGCAAAAUAAUCAAUCACUCCUGCCCCGAUACGAUCGACGAACGUACCAUCAAUAAGAAGAACCUGACCCUCUACAAGAAACACGAGAACCUAACGCUGGCCCUAUCGUCAGCCCAAGCUAUCGGUUGCAAUAUCGUGAAUAUCGACGCGCACGAUCUGACGAAAGGUUCGCCUCACCUGGUGCUGGGUCUUCUAUGGCAAAUUAUACGUAUCGGUCUGUUCAACCAGAUCACCCUGGAAAAUUGUCCAGGCUUGGCCACUCUCCUACAGGACGGAGAACGCAUCGAAGACCUUCUAAAAUUAUCACCGGAAUCUAUCCUGCUCAGAUGGGUGAACCAUCAUCUGGAAAACGCCGGUAUAGCCAGGCGAUGCCACAAUUUCCAUACGGAUAUCACCGACUCGGAGGUCUAUACGUACCUCAUCAAGCAAAUCGCACCGAACACGGCUGGAGUUACUCUGGAGGCUCUAAUGGAGCCGAACCACACCUCUCGAGCGGAAAUUAUGUUGCAACAGGCGGCCAAGCUGGGCUGCCGUAGCUUCGUAACACCCAGCGACGUGGUCAAUGGCAUAUACAAGCUGAAUCUCGCGUUCGUCGCCAAUAUGUUCAAUAACUAUCCUGGCCUGGACAAACCGGAAAGCAGCAUCGAAGGCCUAGAAUCCCUGGAAGAGACGAGAGAAGAGAAAACAUAUCGAAACUGGAUGAACUCGAUGGGCGUGAUGCCUCAUGUGAAUUGGCUGUACUCCGAUCUGGCCGAUGGUCUGGUCAUCUUCCAGCUUUACGACAUCAUCAAACCAGGCACAGUGAACUGGAACAGGGUGCACAGAAAGUUCACGAAACUGCGCAAGUUCAUGGAGAAAUUGGAGAACUGCAAUUACGCGGUCGAGCUUGGGAAAACGAUGAACUUCUCGUUGGUCGGAAUCGCUGGCCAGGAUAUCAACGAUGGAAACGCCACGUUGACUUUGGCUUUGAUCUGGCAGUUGAUGAGAUCGUACACGCUGUCGAUUCUCACGUCGCUGGCAGGCACCCAAGGUAGCACUUUGGUCGAGAAGGAGAUCGUUCAGUGGGUGAACUCGAAGCUUCAAACGGCAGGGAAGACGAGCGGUAUCAAGGGUUUCCAGGAUUCGUCGAUAGCCGAUGGAAAGGUGGUGAUCGAUCUUAUCGACGCCAUUAAGCCGGGGUCUGUGAACUAUGACCUCGUGAAGGAAGGUGGAACCGAAGAGAACAACCUGGACAACGCGAAGUACGCGAUAUCCUUGGCCCGAAAAUGCGGCGCACGCGUGUACGCGCUGCCAGAGGACAUAACCGAGGUGAAACCGAAGAUGGUGAUGACUGUGUUUGCCUGUCUGAUGGCGAUGGACUACAUCCCCAAUAUGGAUUCCGUGAAGCAGCAGAACAACAUUGCGAACAACGGUCAAUAAUGUCGCGCCGCUUGCGAUUCGUCCGCGUACGAUGUUUUCGCUGUGCACGGCAGGAACUGUGUCGACUGAGCCACGGUUUGCGCGCCGUGUCUCUUCUACGAGCGUAAUAAUUGUAUAUACACCUAGGUUAGAGUAGUUUGUUUUCCAAGACCGGAGCGACAAAAAAAAAAAAAAAGAAAAAAAGAAAGAAAGAAAAAAAGAGAAAAGAAUGGAGAAGAAAGAAAAGGAAAAUGGAGAAAUAGCGAACCGAGAGAAGGGGAGGAAAAAAUCGCUUAAUAUAGAGAGACGACGAUUUAAACGAACGCGUUCUUUUCACGUCGUCCGCUAGUUAGGCAGAUACUUCGCAAGAUUCGGUUUGAUUCAGAGCAUGCGACGAAAGUGAUUUUCCAAAUGGUGGUUUUUGAAAUUUUUUUAGUAGAUAGAGUGGAAGAAGGUAGAGGACAGAUCGUCACGUAGACUUUUGCUAGCGAGCUUUCAGUAAGAAUCGUACGAGGAUACAAGUGGAAAGUGUUUGUCAUAAUCGGACGGUUCGGACGACGCUUUAGAUAACAAUUUUUUUUCCCCCAUUUUUUGCGGAAAGGAAACAUGUUUCGACGAGAUAUAAUGUUGCUUAUCGAUCGCUGAUUGUUCGCCGAGUAUGUACCGUGCACCGUGGUUUGUGAUAUGGGAUUUCUCCUUCUCCGAAUGUUUCCGCAAUCAUAUCCCUCGUCUCACUCUCUCAAUAUUUGUAACCGUGAUCAUUUUUUAGAUUUGUAUAAAUCGAUUUUGUAACGAUGUCUGUCUGUCAAUGGUAUCGACGAUAAGAGGAAGAUUCGAUACGACGAUCACGAUCUUAUACGAAAUAUCUGAACGUUAAGAGACUUCGGUAACUCGAGGGGACGAAAUAAUUCGCGUAUACCGGAUAUACGUGGCUUUCAAAUUGUCGAUUAUAUAUACAUAUAUACAUAUAUUUACAUUCUUAGAUCAUAUAUACAUAUACAUUUGAGAUGUGUACACGUGUUUGAUACCGCGAGUGUGAAAAUUGUCAAAACUUCACAAUGACAAUGUCUUCGAUAGAUGAGUCAAUCAAGCGAGCAAUUCGAACGAAACGAAACCUCUAGGAAAACGUUGUAUCUAUGCAUCUAGCGAAAGAAAGAAACAACAAACGGCUUUAUACGAAACUUAUAUCGCGAGGUACCAUUUCCUAAUGUUCAUCUCUAAAUAGAUCGUAAAAAAUUGUUCGUAUCGUUUUCAGGUAAAUAUUUCAUUUUCAUCGAACGAUACGUCUGAAGACGAAUUAUACGCGAUAUUUGGAUUCGUUUAAUUAAAAAAAAAAAAAAAAAAGAAAAAAGAAAGAAAGAAAGAAAGAAUAAUACCAAUCGAAGGCAACAUACAAAAGAGAACGUAUAAGAACUGAAACUAUCGUCGUAAAUUUGUGACUUGUCGAGCUUUUUUUCAUUUUCGUGUUGUACCCAGUCAUUCGCCAUGAUUUAACACGGUGAAUACUAUCGAUGCGACGCGUGAACCAAUUCCAUAUAUCGUCGACGAACGAAAUGAACGCACAAGGAUCAUUGUAAUCGUGCCAUUAUAAAUAUCGAAAUCGUAAUCGUGAUUGGAUGCUUGUUGUAAUAUUUAACGAUCGAUUCCAACAAAACGUACUUACGUAUUUAAAAAA